AAAUAAAACAACCGCUUGCGGUGCUGGUUGUUGAAGGCGCCGGGUCUAGACGAGGGACGUCCGAGGCAAUUGGAAGCGCUUUCGGGGGAGCAACGAAGAGGAGGGAAGGGCGGCAGCGAAACGUGAGGGAGGGCGGGCGGGUUGCCCCGAGCAACGGUUGCCGGUAGCAACUGGUAGGGUUGCCACCUCCAGGCAAUGGCCGCCAACACGGCGGGCGUGGAGGAGGCAGCGGCUCUCGAUCCCUACAUGGCCCUGCGGCUGGUAGCCGCCGCCGCGUGGCACACGGUCCGGGAGCACCGGAUCCAGGACUUCUCCUGCGUGUUGGCUCUCUUGGAGGCCGUGGAGGACGCGGCCCCUGACUUGGUUCACUACCGGCACCUGGCCAAGUUGCGUCUUGGCCUCCAGGCCCAGGUAAUAAUGAACAUGCUGCGGGAGGAAGAGGCGGAUGGCAAAAUCUACAGCGCUGUUGACAGAUACUUUCCAGAGCGAGAGCCGCCACCCCACCCCAAAGCUACCACUCAUGAUUUGAAAUUAGUGCGGGUGGCCCGGGAGAACUUCCGGGAUCUGGUGCUGGGUUUGCUGAGUGACCAAAGACAACGGGAGACCUACGUGCAGAAGCACUUGGAAAACGACUACGGGAAAACCUUCCAGAGCGUCGUGGAAGAGCUCUUCUACGAUUACCUGUGGCAGCUGGAGACCACUCUGCCCGCGCCCCAUUUCCAGCAGUUGCUGAAGGCAGCUCACACGCCGGAUCUCAGCCAGUCUUCUCCCGAUCCCACCAUCCUCUCCAGAUACCUCUCAGACAUGGGCUACCAGACCACAGAGUUCCCUGCCCCUCCGAGCUCUCCCGGUCAGUCCAGACCCUCGUGCCAGAGUGAGGACCAGCAGCAGCAGCAGCAGCCACCGGAGACAUCCGAGGCCAGCAGGCAACCCAUGAACCUGCGGAGGAGCAGAAGAAAGAGGAGCUGCCCGCCCUCUGCUCCGGAACUGAAUUCCCCGGGGAACCACACCAGCUCCCUGUUGCCGGGCAUCCAGGAGACAGCAGGCGAAAGUGAAGACAUUGUGGCAGAUUCCAGCGGUGAAGGGGAGAGCUCCCCUUUCAAGAAGAGCGAGUACCAACGCACCUGCCACAACACCCUCAUCCCUACCUUCCGGGAUCGCCCGGAGGACUCCGGGAGCGAGUGAGCGAGCCUCCCGUUUCUUCGCUUGGACACUCAGCUGCCCCUCGACCGAGAAAGUCCGUUCCUCGACCGAGAAAGUCCGUUUCUCUCCUCCUCGCCCUCUCUCGGAGAGGCGAUGCUCGAGCCGGCGGGGAAGCGCCUGCCCGAGACCUGCCUGCCUGCCUCCGCUUGACGCACACACACAGCUUGGGCCGCCCCUUCCGAGCUUUAUUAUAAUUUCCAGUAAAGACUGUGAACCCCG